AUGGCUGAACUUGAAUCUCCACUGGCUUCAAUGACUAAGGUUUAUGCUCUUACAAUCGAAAGGGAUACGCUACAUAGAGAGCAAAAUAAAAGAAGUGAUGCCACUGCGCUUCUAAAGGAAAAGGAUAACAUAAUCACUCAAGUUAUGGAAGAGGGUGAAAAGCUUUCAAAGAAACAAGCUAUUCAAGAGUCUACAAUAAGAAAACUACGGGCACAGGCUGAAGAGAACAAAGUGGAAAAUUUAAAGAGUACGAAAGCAGCCACAGAGAAACUGCUAAACCUAUGUGAACAAGAUUUGCUUGUUCCAUCUUUAGCUGCAGCAAGGGCAGGGAAAUCAAAGUUUAUUAUAGGGGAUGGAACAAACAUGUAUGAUUUCACAUAUGUUGAGAAUGUUGCACAUGCUCAUGUAUGUGCUGAAAGAGCUCUAGCUUCAGAUGGAUCUGCCUCAAAGAGAGCUGCAGGAGAGGCUUACUUUAUAACGAAUAUGCAACCAAUAAAAUUUUGGGAGUUCAUAUCACUUAUUCUUGUUGGGCUUGGGUUUGAAUGGUAUAUUCUUGAUUUUUGGUUUGUUUUCAAGUUUGCAGGCCAAGAAUCAAGAUUCCUGCAUCUAUUGCAAUAA